GGUAUUGAUUCCUAGCCGAAACGUCAUUAAAGAAAAAUAAUGCCAGGAUUUUACAGUGGCAGUGUUUUUCUACCUUCCUUUUUUUCUUCUUUUUCUUUUGAAAUCAGGAUUUAUUUUACUGGGUUUCCUUGUCUGAAAAGGGAAGCCAGAGCCGGAGAACGGUUAAACAGUUGCUCAUGCAAUAACGGCUAUUUUGGACAGCUUGCUCUUGCAAUUCCGUAUUCAAAACAGACAUGGAUUGAUUCCUUGAACCGUCUGGUAAGAGCCCUAUUCUAUAUAAAAUCCUACCUUAACCCGACAGUUUCUCACUAUGUACCGCAUAAAUAUUUCCUUCAACUCGAGCAAUAAGCUCAGGCAAAAUCAUGAAGCCCUCAAAACAUUCUCCCAAUUGUUGUGAAUUUUCUGCUAAAGAAAUCACAGUAGAGUUCAUCAUUGUCAAGGAAUCAUGCGACGGCUCCUCGCCGGUCAAAUCUAGACAGUCAUUCCCGGUAAAGCGAGGGGAAUUGGUGUGGGAUCGUUUGAAAGAACGCACAUACAGGCGUUUGCUCAGGAGCAUAGGCAUCAGGUUAUCUCCGACGGUAAAAGCUGACCUAAUUGAACUCGUAUCCCGUGUUGCUUACUCGUUGCCUAGUCAAGCUGACCAUAUAUUUGUGUGCAUUAUUACAUCCGAACCAAGCCAUUAUGCCAAGUUUAAUGUCGUGACUGGAAUUCAUGUCGAUGAAGAUAAGGAGGUUUCCUGGGAUACUGUGGAAAACCCUCUUCUUCAUGUGUUACAAGCCUGCAAACCACCUAUCCCAUGCUUGAAGAAGGUUAAGAUUGACGAGGAUAAUGUGGGUUCUAAUGAAGCCUUGUGCUGUGCAAUUUGCUUACAAGACUUCCCUGCUGCGUCUGAAGCUGCUACCACCACCUGCUCUCAUGUCUAUCAUCCUCAUUGCAUUGUCAAGUGGUUGCUGAAGAGCACUACAUGCCCUAUGUGUCGCUCUAAGCUGCCUACGGGCUCAUUCUUUUUUCACUCGCUAGGGACCCAGAUACGUCUUAGGGAUUAAUUGCUUAUUUUCUGUUCAAUUUAGGAUUAACUGUCCACUGUUCGAUCUUGAUCGUCUUCACUUGGAUGUUCUU